AAUCAUUCCGUCCUCCGUACUCUGUGGCAGUCUCCAGAGAUUACACGGCAGCACCGACUUUACAGUCCAGCACAGUGUGUCAACGCGGCAGACAUGGACCCUGACACCAUCACUGACACAGACCGUGCAGGAGAUGAGGAGGCUCUCUUCAGCAACCUGGACCUCUUCCUCUUCUCCCUCAUCGUCGGCCUCGUCAUUUACUGGUUCAUGUCUCGCAAGAAGCCAGAGCCCAUUCCUGAGUUUAAGAAGCUUGACACGCCAGCUCCCACCACACGAGAGACGAGUUUCGUCGAGAAAAUGAAGAAAACUGGAAAGAACAUCAUUGUUUUCUACGGCUCGCAGACGGGCACAGCUGAGGAAUUUGCCAACAGACUGGCCAAAGACGCCCAGCGCUACGGCAUGAAAGGAAUGGCUGCUGACCCAGAGGAGUAUACCAUGGGGGAACUGUCCCGUUUGUCUGAGAUCGAGAACUCCCUUGCCAUAUUUUGCAUGGCCACCUACGGUGAAGGAGACCCCACAGAUAAUGCCCAGGACUUCUACGACUGGCUGCAGGAGAACGAUGAUGAAGACCUCUCUGGACUGAACUUCACUGUCUUUGCUUUGGGAAAUAAGACGUACGAACACUACAACGCCAUGGGAAAAUAUGUCGACAAAAGACUAGAAGAUCUGGGAGCCAAGCGCAUCUUCGAUAUUGGUUUAGGUGAUGAUGAUGGAAACCUCGAGGAGGACUUCAUUUCCUGGAGAGAGCAGUUCUGGCCGGCAGUCUGUGAGCACUUUGGUGUGGAGGCAUCAGGAGACGAGUCGAGCAUCCGACAGUAUGAGCUGAAGGUUCACAACGACAUCAACAUGAACAAAGUGUUUACAGGAGAGAUCGGACGGCUGAAGAGUUUUGAGGUCCAGAAGCCGCCCUUUGAUUCAAAGAACCCUUUCCUGGCUCCAGUCACUGCCAACCGCAGACUCAACAAAGCUGGUGACAGACAUCUUAUGCACCUGGAGCUGGACAUAACGGGCUCUAAGAUCAGGUACGAGUCAGGAGACCACGUGGCUGUUUUCCCCACCAAUGACUCGGAUCUUGUGAACAGGCUGGGAGAGGUCCUUGGCGUGGACCUUGAUGUGGUUAUCUCUCUCAACAACCUUGACGAGGAAUCCAACAAAAAGCAUCCGUUCCCCUGUCCCACCACGUACCGUACAGCGCUCACACACUACCUGGACAUCACUAACCCUCCUCGCACCAACGUCCUGUACGAGCUGGCUCAGUACGCCUCUAACCCAAAAGACCAGGAGAACAUGAGGAAGAUGGCAUCGUCCUCCCCCGAAGGCAAGUCUCUCUACCAGAGUUGGGUGUUGGAUUCCUGCAGGAACAUCCUCGCCAUCUUGGAGGAUAUGCCUUCUUUGAAGCCUCCCAUCGAUCACCUGUGUGAGCUGUUGCCUCGUCUCCAGGCUCGCUACUAUUCCAUCGCUUCCUCCUCUAAAGUUCACCCCAACAGCAUCCACAUCUGUGCUGUGGUGGUGGAGUACACAUCCAAGACGGGCCGCCUCAAUAAAGGAGUCGCAACCAACUGGCUGAAGAACAAACUCGUCAACGGCCACAAGUCGACCGUACCCAUGUUCAUCCGCAAGUCUCAGUUCCGUCUGCCAUUCAAAGCCUCCAACCCGGUGAUCAUGGUCGGCCCCGGGACUGGAAUUGCUCCGUUUAUGGGCUUCAUCCAGGAGAGGGGCUGGCUCAAACAGCAAGGGAAGGCUGUUGGAGAGACUGUGUUGUAUUUUGGCUGCAGACACAAAAACCAGGAUUAUCUCUACCAGGAAGAGCUGCAGGAAGCGGAGAAGAACAGCGUCUUAACACAACUUAAUGUUGCUUUCUCCAGAGACCAGGAGCACAAGGUGUACGUGCAGCAUCACCUGAAGGAAAACAAGGAACACCUCUGGAAGCUGAUUCACUCAGACAACGCUCACAUCUACAUCUGCGGUGAUGCAAGAAACAUGGCUAAAGACGUGCAGGGAGCUUUCUGUGAGAUCGCAGAGGAGGUUGGAAGCAUGAAUCACGCCCAGGCCACAGAUUACGUUAAAAAACUGAUGACGAAGGGACGCUACUCACAAGACGUGUGGAGUUAAAGAGCCCCGGUCACACCCAGCCUCUCUCUUCACUACUCUAGUAGUGAUAGUUUUAAAGAUCCUGUUUUGUUUUUUACAGUUGUGUUUAGGACUGAUCUAUAAAAACAAACUCUUGUUCAGACUCCCCGAUUUAUGAGAGCUACAGGGAGCAGAGGAGCACGCAGAUCUUACCUCAGCAGGUUUUUAUGGUUUCAGACGUAUGUUUUACUUGUGUGAUCUGCAUCAUGUUCCCACCAGCAUCCUGAGGUCCUCAGUUGAACUGUGGGAUCGGGGCAGGCAGCGCUCAGACACUCUGCUUUCCAGAAACGGCCUCCGAUUAUGAAUAAUUCUAAAAGAGGGUUUGACUGCAACUCUUAAGAGAUUGUGGAUUUUAAAGACAUUUCCCACUGGUUUGAAAUUCCUUUUUUUGUGAAAGCUAACGCAGCAGGAGGUCAUCUCCAUUUCAGCUUUACUUUUCAUUAAACUGUUCUCACACCAUCAGGUGCAUUGUGUUUAUUUAGACGGAGAUUCAGGUUUAUCAGAAAAGCUGUCACACUAAAUGGUGCAGGCUUUAGUUUCUCUCUCAGCUUAUUCAGUAGUGCUUUUAAAAGUACUUUAAAAUCUGUAUAAAAUAUUUUUAACAAACUGAAAUCACUAGUACAUUUUUUCAAACCUUUUAAUUGAGGUUAGUUUUAAUUAGUUCCAGCAGCCUAAAAGGAGAUGAUGAAAGAAACAUGAGAUUAUGUGCAUUUUAAAGCCUAUUUGUGGCACGCCUUUACAGAAAAUAAAUUUGUUGGGACCCUGUGAUGUUUGUCAAACGUUAAACCUGUAUCUUGACAGCAGAGGAACUUGGAUUUUAUUCUCGUAUGAUGACCACAUCUGGUUUAUUCCUGCAUUUUUUUUCUUUUGUCUAAAAACAUUUGUACCACCAUGUAGAAAAAAAUACAUGGACACAUCUGUCUCUGCUCCUCUGAGUUGUUCUGGGAGGGUUAACCAGCUGAAGUGCAGCCUGUGCCUUUUCUAUCACUGCCUUAUGCAUAAAGCAUCAAAACCACAACGGUUCAUCCUUUGUAAUAUUUUAUUUUCUUCCCAUGCUUACAUUUUCAUAGAAAACAAUUCUUCUGAGACACUUUACCUGACGCUGUCACUUUGUCAUUAUGCUUUAAAAUGUAAUCAUUUGUAUGGAGGCGUGAUUUUUUUAAAAUGAAUAAAAUUGGACUAAUUUGU